GGAGGCCGUCCGGCGGGCAGCGCGCGGCGAGCGGACGCGCACGGCUGGCGGGACGCAGGCAGCGCCGCGGGCAGCCGGGCGAGCGCCGGGGCUUCGGCGGCGCCGGGGCAGGAAGGCCCGGGCGGCGCCGCAGCCUCGCCGGGCGUGGGGCGGGGGCUCGGCCCGCGGUCCCCGCUGGGGGUGCCCUCCACCCCAGGCCUCUUCAGAGGACACGUGUCAGUACGUUGUCGUCUCACCCGGUGUCACAGCCCCUCCCCCAGGCCCGGGAUUCCCCCGUCGGUCCGGCUCCAUUAUCCCCAGGCCCCAGCCCCCGCUGAGCCGCGGUCGGGACCGGAUCCCUUCUCCUCACCGGUCCGCUCCCCUGGGCGGCGAGCGGCCCGGCCCCCGCAGAAGACACUCGUCACCACGUUCUCACCCCCGUCAUCUCAUCCCUCUGCCUACCUCACCCCAGGCCGAGGGACCCCGGCCCCCUCCGGCCCAUUGUCCCCGGGCCCGGCCCCGCGCUGACCGCAGGCUCGGCCCUGGCCCCCGCCCGGCGCGUCUCCCCCGGCAACGCGCCGCGCCCCGGGAUGCAGCCCGCGGGCUGGGCGGCCGUCAGGGAGGCGGCGGGCCGUGACGUGCUGGCCGCCGACCUCCGCUGCAGCUUCUUCGCCUCGGCCCUGCGGAGCUACAAGCGCGACUCGGUGCUGCGGCCCUUCCCCGCAUCCUACGCCCGCCACGACUGCAAGGACUUCGAGGCCCUGCUUGCAGAUGCCAGUAAGUUACCCAACCUGAAAGAACUUCUCCAGUCCUCAGGAGACAAAGACACAUGGGCCUGGGACCUGGUGAGCUGGAUUUUAUCCUCAAAGGUCCUGACAAUCCACAGUGCAGGGAAGUCAGAGUUUGAAAAGAUCCAAAAGCUGACUGGCGCCCCUCACACGCCUGUCCCUGUGCCGGACUUCCUGUUUGAAAUCGAGUACUCUGACCCAGCCAACGCCAAAUUUUAUGAGACCAAAGGAGAACGAGACCUAAUCUACGCCUUCCACGGGAGCCGCCUAGAAAACUUCCAUUCCAUCAUCCACAGUGGCCUCCACUGCCACCUGAAUAAGACAUCCUUGUUCGGGGAAGGGACCUACCUCACCAGUGACUUGAGCCUGGCUCUCAUUUAUAGCCCACACGGCCAUGGGUGGCAGCGCAGCCUCCUCGGCCCCAUCCUUAGCUGUGUGGCCAUGUGCGAGGUCAUUGACCAUCCAGACGUCAAGUGCCAAACGAAGAAGAAAGAUUCCAAGGAGAUAGAUCGCAGGAGAGCGAGAAUCAAGCACAGUGAAGGGGGAGACAUCCCUCCAAAGUACUUUGUGGUCACCAAUAACCAGCUCCUGCGAGUGAAGUACCUGCUGGUGUACUCACAGAAGCAGCCCAAGAGGAGAAGAAAGAGGCUUGGAGAGGUGACUGCCCAAGGUGAAAAGGCCUGAAAGAGGCAGAGCCAAAGCUGACUCUAGAGCUGAAAUAAUAAGAAUCCUGACUUUACAGGGGACUCAUCAGUCACACAGACCCACCCCACAGAGCAACCAGCCCACUCAAAGCCUAACUGUCCUACCUCAGGCUGACUGAAAACCUCAGACUGACCGUCAAGCUCACAGGAGACUCACUGCCUACCUGAUGUGCGACCUGACAGACCAAUAAGUCUAUGUAUUCAACAAACAGUAAUUGAACACCUCGUCUGUGCGCACUGUUAUGCUGGGUGUGGGGGAUAUAGUAGUGAACAGGAGAGAGUAGGAAGCUGACAGUACGUAAACAAAACAAUGACAGAAUGUGAUAUCUGUACUAUGAAGAAAGUAAACAGAAUUCUGCGGGAUAGAGUAUCCGUCAGGCCCUACCCUGGAUAUAAUGGUCAGGGAAGACCUCCCUGACACAUAAUCUGAGAACUGGGGCAUGAGAGUGAGAAAAAAAAACACGCAAAGAGCCUGUGAAAGAGCUUUCCAGAUAGAGUGAAAAGCGAUGCUGAGGCCUUGAGAUGGGGAAGAGCUUGGUGUUACCUUGGAAUAACUAGAAGACCAAUAUAACUGGAACAUGGUGAGCAAACAGGGGGUGGCAUGUAGAUGAGGUUGAAGAGGAGGCCAGAGCAGACCACAGUAAGGAUUUAGGUGGGUGUGAGGGGAAAGCCCUGAGGACUUUCAGCAAAAGCACGACACACACUCAAGAAGAAAUAGAUAACCUGGAUAACACUCUAUCCACUAAAGAAAUUGAAUUUAUAGUUUAAAAUCUUCCCAUAAAGAAAACUUCAGACCUGGAUGCCUUUCCUGGUGAAUUCUUCCAAACAGAAGGAAGAAUAAUUACCAAUUUUAUAUAAAAUCCUCCAGAAAACUAAAAAGGAAUAGUUCCCAACUCAUUCUAUGAGACUAGCAGUACUCUGAUAGCAAAACCAGACAAAGACCUUCCAAGAAAGAAAACUACAGACCAAUAUGUCAUGAAAAUAAAUGCAAAAAUUUAAUAAUUCUAGCAAAGUAAACCCAACAAUACAUAAAAGGAUAAUUCAUCAUGACCAAGUGGUGUUUACCCAGAAAUGCCAGCUUGGAGAAAUGUUUGAAAAGCAAUUCAUGUAAUUCACCAUAUUAACAAACUGAAAAAGAAAAAAAAAAAAAGGUCACUUCAAUAGAUGCAGGAAAAGGAUUUGACAAAAUCCAACAUUCUUUUUUGAUAAAAACCCUCAGCAAAGUAGGAAAAGAAAGGACAUCCCUCAAUCUGGCAUCUGUGAAAAACUGAAGGCUAACAUAUAAUAGUGGUUAAAGACUGAAUACUUUCCCUCUACAAUUAGGUAUGAGGCAGGAGUGUCUGUUCUUACUUCUGUUCAACAUUGUACCAGAGGUCCUAGCCAGUGCAAUAUAUCAAGAAAAAUUAAUGAAAGAAGAGGAAUAACUGAGUCAUAUGGGAGGUGUAUGUUUAAUUUUUUUUAUUGGGGUAUAGUUGCUUUACAAUGUUGUGUUAGUUUCUGCUGUACAACGAAGUGAAUCAGAGAUAUGUGUACAUAUAUCCCCUCCCUCUUGAACCUUCCUCCCACCUGUCCCCCAUCCCAAGCAUCUAGGUCACCACAGAGCACCAAGCUGAGCUCCCUGCUCUAUACAGCAGUUUCCCAUUAGCUAUCUGUUUUACACAUGGUAGUGUAUAUAUGUCGAUCCCAAUCCCCCAAUUCAUCCCCCUUCCCCACCCCCAUGUCCACACGUCCAUUCUCUAUGUCUGCGUCUCUGUUCCUGCUCUGCAGAUACGUUCGUCUGUACCAUUUUUCUAGAUUCCACAUAUAUGCGUUAAUGUACAAUAUUUUUCUCUCUUUUUUUAAAAGAACUUUUAUUGAGAUACAGUUAACAGACAAUAAACAGCAUAUAUUUAGAGUGUACAAUUUGGUAUCCCAAUCUCCCAAUUCAUUCCCCCCCAACCCUCCCCGCUUUCCCCACUUGGUGUCCAUAUGUUUAUUCUCUACAUCUGUGUCUCUAUUUCUGCCUUGCAUUUCCUCUUUCAUAGUUUUUAGCAUUUGCCUUAUGUAUUGAGGUGCUCUUAUAUUGGGUGCAUAUAUAUUUAUAAUUGUUAUCUCCUCUUCUUGAUUGAUCCUGUGAUCUUUAUGUAAUGUCCUUUCUUGUCUCUUGUAACAUUUUUUAAAGUCUAUUUUAUCUGAUAUGAGUAUUGCUACUCCAGCUUUCUUUUGAUUUCCAUUUGCACGGAAUAUCUUUUUCCAUCCCCUCACUUUCAGUCUGUAUGUGUCUCUAGGUCUGAAGUGGGUCUCUUGUAGACAGCAUAUAUGGGUCUUGUUUUUAUAUCAUUCAGCCAGUCUGUGCCUUUUGGUUGGUGCACUUAGUCCAUUUACAUUCAAAGUAAUUAUCAAUAUGUAUGUUCCUAUUACCAUUUUCUUAAUUGUUUUGUUUUUGUUUUUGUAGGUCCUUUUCUUCUCUUAUGGUUCCUGCUUAGAGAAGUUCCUUCAGUAUUUGUUGAAUGGCUGGUUUUUUGGUGCUGAAUUCUCUUAGCUGUUGCUUGUCUGUAAAGGUUUUGAUUUCUCCGUCGAAUCUGAAUGAGAUCCUUGCUGGGUAGAGUAUUCUUGGUUGUAGUUUCUUCCGUUUCAUCAGUUUAAAUAUAUCAUGCCACUCCCUUCUGGCUUGCAGAGUUUCUGCUGAGAAAUCAGCUGUUAACCUUAUGGGAGUUCCCUUGUAUGUUAUUUGUUGUUUUUCUCUUGUUGCUUUUAAUAACUUUUCUCUGUCUUUAAUUUUUGUCAAUUUGACUACUAUGUGUCUUGGUGUGUUUCUCCGUGGGUUUACCCUGCCUGGGACUCUCUGCACUUCCUGGACUUGGGUAGUUAUUUCCUUUCCCAUGUUCGGGAAGUUUUCAACUAUAAUCUCUUCCAAUAUUUUCUUGGGUCCUUUCUCUCUCUCUUCUCCUUCUGGGACCCCUAUAAUGCGAAUGUUGGUGCAUUUAACAUUGUCCCAGAGGUCUCUUAGGCUGUCUUCAGUUCUUUUCAUUCUUUUUUCUUUAUUCUUUCCCACAUCAGUUAUUAUCACCGUUCUGUCUUCCAGGUCACUUAUUUGCCCUUCUGCCUCAGUUAAUCUGCUAUUGGUUCCUUCUAGUAUAUUUUUCAUUUCAGUUAUUGUGUUGCAUAUCUCUGUUUGUUUGCUCUUUAAUUCUUCUAGGUCUUUGGUAAACUUUUCGAUCUUUGCAUCCAGUCUUUUUUCAAAGUCCUGGAUCAUCUUCACCAUCAUUAUUCUGAAUUCUUUUUCUGGAAGGGUGCCUAUUUCCUCUUCAUUUAGUUGUUUUUCUGGGGUUUUAUCCUGUCCCUUCAUCUGGUACAAAGUCCUCUGCUUUUUCAUUUUCUCUCUGUGGCUGUGGUUUUCAGUUCCACAAGAUGAAAUACUGCUGAUACUGCUUGAUACUGCUGUCUGCCCUCUUGUGGAGGAACUUGUUUUUCUCUUUCUGACUUACUUCACUCUGUAUGACAGACCCUAGGUCCAUCCAUGUCUCUACAAAUGACCCAAUUUGAUUCCUUUUUAUGGCUGAAUAAUACCCACUACUGGCAUAUACCCUGAGAAAACCGUAAUUCAAAAAGACACAUGCACCCCAGUGCUUAUUGUAGCACCAUUUACAAUAGCCAGGACACGGAAGCAAUCUAAAUGUCCAUCAACAGAUGAAUGGAUAAAGAAGAUGUGGUCCAUGUAUAUGUUUAAUUUUUUGAGAAAGUGCCAAUAUGUUUUCCAAAGUGUUUAUACUAUUUUACAUGCCCACCAGCAGUGUAUGAGAAUUAUACUGUUAUAUACAAGAUUGAGUCAAAAUUUAUCCACUCUCUGGUUAUAUUAAAACUUCUGUUGGCCGCACUAUCUUAUCAGCACCUUCCGUUCAAGGCUACUGUCUCCCCAGUCAUUGCUGUGCAGGUGUGAACAUGUUACAUCAGUUCAUUUGUAACUGCAGUGCAAGCAAAAAUGGAUGCCCCACUUGUGAUUUGCACGAAAGAAGAGCAGUGUGCAGUGAUUCAUUUUUUGUGGUCUGAGGGUGUACCUGGUGCCAUUAUUUAUUGAACACUUUGUGCACGGUAUGGAGAAAGUGUUUUGUCUUGAAGAAGUGUGUAUGAAUGAGGUCGCACAAAUGUUAGCCAUCAAGAAGGAGCCAGAAGCCCAUCCACAUCCACGGCUGAUGACAACAUUGAGCAUACACAUGGAAUAAUUCUGUUUUCUGGGAUUCUCAAGGGCCAGUGUUGGAACAUUAUCAGGAAAAGGGUGCAACAAUCAACAGUACUCAUUACAGUGAGAUGCUUAUUGAAGAGCUGAAGCCUAAACUUUGGAUUAAACCCAGAGGACUGCUAUCCAAGGGUGUUGUGAUCCUGCAUGACAAUGCACGUCAGCACACUUCUGCCCACACUGUCGACACUCUGCAAAAACUUCAUUUUGAGGUGUUAAAGCAUCCUCUCUAUAAUUCUUUUUUUUUUAAGAUUUAUUUUUAUUAUUUAUUUAUUUUAUUUUUGGCUGCAUUGGGUCUUUGUUGCAGUGCACGGGCUUCUCAUUGCAGUGGCUUCUCUUGUUGCAGAGCAUGGGCUUUAGGCACACAAGCUUCAGUAGUUGUAGUGCGUGGGCUCAGUAGUUGUGGCUCAAGGGCUCUAGAGCACAGGCUCAUUAGUUGUGGCUCACAGGCUUAGUUGCUCCAUGGCAUGUGGGAUCUUCCUGGCCCAGAGAUCGAACCCAUGUCACCUGCAUUAGCAGGUGGAUUCUCAACCACUGUGCCUCCAGGGAAGCCCCUCCCUGUAGUUCUGAUCUUGCUCCAUUGGACUUUUGCCUGUUUGGUCCCCUGAAAGCAGCCCUAUGAGGACGAAGAUUCACUGAUGAAGAAGUGAAGACAGUGGUGCAUUCGUGGCUCGCAGCUCAGUCUAAAACAUUUUGUAAUGAGGGAAUGCAACAGAUUGUUGACAGAUGGACAGAGUUUAUUGAAAAGCAAGGAGAUUGUUGAAAAAUUAUGUAUUUGUCUUUUCUAAAAGUUAAUUAAAUUAAAUGCUACAGCCAGAGUGUGGAUAAUUUUUGACUCACCCACAUAUAUAGCACAUGCCACGUGCUUUCCAACACUUAGUAAGGUCAGUCUUUAUUUUUUGCUCUGGUUCCUAGCUGUGAUACGUGAGCUCCUUAGUUGUGGCAUGCAUGUGGGCUCUAGUUCUCUGACCAGGGAUCGAACCCGGACCCCUUGUAUUGGGAGCAUGGAGUCUUUUCUCUUUUUUCUUUUUUCUUUUUUUUUUUUUUGGCACACGGGCUUAGUUGCUCCGCGGCAUGUGGGAUCUUCCUGGAGCUGGGAUCGAACCUGUGACCUCUGCAUUGGCAGGCGGAUUCUUAACCACUGCGCCACCUAGGAAGCCCUUUUUUUUUUAAUUUAACUUCAAAAAAUUAUUUAUUUAUUGGCUGCAUUGGGUCUUCAUUGCAGUGCGUGGGCUUCUCAUUGUGGUGGCUUCUCUUGUUUUGGAGCUCGGGCUCUAGCCUCAUGGGCUUCAGUAGUUGCAGCGUGCGGGCUCAGUAGCUGUGGUGCAUGGGCUUAGUUGCUGUGUGGCAUGUGGGAUCUUCCUGGGCCAGGGAUUGAACCUCUGUCCCCUGCAUUGGCAGGCAGAUUCUUAACCACUGUGCCACCAGGGAAGUCCCAGGUCAGUCUUUUAAUUUUAGCUUUCCUAAAAGUGGAAGUAUAGUGGUAUCUCAUUGUAUUUUAAAUUGUAUUUCCCUGAUAGCCAAGAGUGUCUUUUCAUGUUUUUAUUUUCUAUUUGUAUAUCUUCUUUGGAGAAGUAUCUGUUUAAAAUUUUUGCUCAUUAAAAAAAAUUGUUUUUUUUUUUCUGUCUUCCUAUUGAGCUGAAUUAUUGUUUUUAAAUAUAUUCUAGUACAAAUUCUUUCUUCAUGUAUUCUAGGUCUGUUCUUUCUUAAUGUAUUCUAGGUCUAUAAAGAGGUUUUUUAAAAAUAUAUUCUAGAUACAAGUCUCCUGUUGAUAUAUGUUUUACAAAUAUUUUCUCCCAAUGGUGGCCAUCUUUUCAUUUUCCGAGUGCUUUAUUUUAAAUAGUAAAAGUUUUAAAUUUUAACGAAGUCUAGUUAACUGCUUUUUUCUUUUAUCGUUAGCACAUUUUGUGUCAUAUCUGAGAACUCUGUCCAACUGAAGGUUAUAAAGAUUACUGAUGAUUUCACAGGUGUAUACAUAUGUCAGAACUUAUCCAGUUGUAUACUUUAACUGUACAGUUAAUUGUAUGUUAA